AUGAAAACGCUUCAAGGCCGAGUCGUCUGCGCCACCAAUGAUAAGACCGUGGCGGUUGAGGUGGUACGACUCGCUUCGUACCCAAAGUACAAGCAACAGGUCAGGAAGAAGAAGAAGUUCCAAGCUCACGACCCAAAUAACAAGUUCAAAGUCGGCGACUAUGUCCAACUCGAGAAGAGUAGACCCAUUAGCAAAACCAAGACUUUUAUUGCUAUUCUGAUCGCUGCGAGGAAUGUGCCCAAGCCGAAGGAGGUCGUGCCGCCGGAGCUUGGGCUUCCAUUAGAGUCUCAGCAAACCUAA